UAUUGAAAGGUAUUUCUGUUGAUCUCAAUUGUGAAAUUCCAUUCUAUUUGACGAUAAAAUACACAAAAAUUGAAUAAAGUCACUCGCAGUGAAUUGAACUGCGCACAAAGAUUAAACUGCACAAGUGUUGGGUGUGAAAACAUCUCUGCGAUCCACCUCCGAGUGGCUAAACGUACAACGUGAAUAAAUAAGGAAAAAAAGACGACAGUAUUUCGAUAUCAAUAUUGACACCGUUCAAGUUCAGAAGCAGUUCAUCUCCCACUGUUUUUCACCUCCGACGUUCCGCUGAGGCCAGUGCAGCGAAAUAUGAAUGUGAAAUUUGAAUGAUGACGCAUGUGAAGGCGCGUUGGGUUGACGAGUGUGCAAUUAGCCUGUUGGAAGGUGCAAAGGGUGAAGGCAGUUGUUUGGAAACAGAGAGCGAAGAGGAAAGUGACAUCGAGGCUCUCCCUUUAAUUCACGAUAAACAUCAGUUUGGACCUAAAAUUGCAGACAUGACGCAAGACGAGAGUACGCGGAUUAAUCGCAGUAUCUUUGACAUGGGGUCACGCAGGGAAUUGAUGACGAAAAACAACCGUAGAAAUUGGCGUCGACUGCUGGUUGGCGGACUGAUAGCAAUCGUAGUGCUUGCACUGCUGAUCACAGCGAUAAUUCUACUCACCGCCAGUCCAAAUUCACCAAGCUCACGGACAACUACCACAUCCAGCAUUACUCUGGAUGACUGGCUGUGGGGCUCGUUGUCCACUAAACCCUUUAACGGCACCUGGAUUAAUGAUGAUGAAAUCCUGUACAGGAAUGAAAGCGGAGAUUUGAUGGUGUACAACAUUGAAAAUUCAUCAGCCAGAGUAUUAUUGCCUAUAUCGCACCCGGCACUCCGCUCGAGCUUUGACCAUCAGUUGUCGCCAGAUGGAAAGUAUAUGCUGUUUGCGUCCAAUUAUCAGAAGUUCUACCGCCACACUUACCUGGCUGAAUACAGGAUCGUCAACCUGCAAACUUUAAUUGAGAAGCUACUGACUGUUGGAAAUUCAACGAACCAACAAUUGGCAACGUGGACGGGCGCCGGCAAUGCACUGGUGUACGUCAAUCAGAACAACAUAUACUACAGGCCAGAGGCGGAAAGAGCGAUCGAUUAUCAGAUUACCACAAGCGGUGUUUUCGGAAGUAUUUACAACGCCGUACCAGACUGGGUUUACGAGGAGGAGAUUUUCAGUUCAAACAAGGCCCUUUGGUUCUCACCGAGCGGCAAAAAAAUGGCGUUCGGAUACUUUGACGACUCAAAGACCCCGAUAAUGAAUAUCCCGUUCUACGGAUACCCAGGCAGCCUCUCGUUCCAGUACACGUCAUCGAUAACCGUCCGUUAUCCCAAGAGUGGCACAACAAAUCCCACCGUCAAGUUGUUCUAUGUGGACCUUGAGAAAGUAGUAGAAAGCCAUGGCAACAACAUAAGCCUCAUCGAGAUUGAGCAUCCCCCACAGCUGGCCAACUCCGAGAGAAUUCUAGCGGCGGUUGCCUUCCCCACCGAGACCAUCGUGUCAGCUACGUGGAUGAACAGAGUCCAAAACCACGCGUAUUUCCAUCUGUACGACGUUGAGAACUCGGUCUACACAACGGCACUCGACUAUCGAGAGGAGCACGGUUGGGUGGAACAAUAUGCAGCACCGCACUUCAGCAGAGAUGGCAAAACUUUCAUCCUUAUUCUACCCCAGAAACAGCAAUCGGACAAUGACUACUGGUCGCACUUGGUGAUGGUGACAAAUACAGCAAGCCGUACCACUCGUGCACUAACUUCCGGCACAUUUGUUGUCACUGAAAUAGUCGCAUGGGAUCAAGACAACUACCUCGUUUACUACUUAGCAACAGUCCCAGGUGAUCCAGGCCAGCAGCAUCUGUACCGUCUCUCCACACUGGAGGAGAGGCCAGCCCCCGAGUGCCUGAGCUGCGGUGUUAAGAGUGAAGCCGACGAUACGUACUGUCUCUACAACGAAGCACAACUCUCACCAGACAAGAGUCACUACGUUCUGACCUGCGCCGGUCCUGGUAUACCCGAUAUCUCGAUAUACAACACUAUGAACACAUCGAAAGUACUCACGUGGGAGACCAACGUGGGAGUUGCUGAUUUAAUGGCUGAAAAAUCCCGGCCGCUCGUAAAGAGAUUCACAGUGCCAGUGGGUGGUGGUUUUGAGGCGCAAGUGAGAUUGUUAAUACCACCAGGCGCCGACUUGACCGGUACCACCAAGUAUCCAAUGCUAGUUUACGUAUAUGGUGGACCCGAUACGUAUCAAGUGACUGAAAAAUUCCACAUAGACUGGGGCACAUAUCUUGUUACUAACAAAAACAUUAUUUACGCUGCGAUCGAUGGCCGUGGAUCCGGAUUAAAGGGCAAUGGAAUGCUAUUUGCUGGAUACAGAAAUUUAGGAACAGUUGAAAUUUACGACCAGAUAAACGUCACGAGGCAUCUGCAGGAGAAUUUUCCCUUCAUCGACAAAGCAAGAUCAGCGAUAUGGGGCUGGAGUUAUGGGGGAUAUGCUGCCGGUAUGAGUCUGGCAAUGGACCGGGACGCUGUAUUCAAAUGUGGAAUGUCGGUCGCUCCAGUUACCGAUUGGGCGCUUUAUGAUUCCAUUUACACAGAGCGCUUUAUGGGCCUACCAACAGUCUCCGACAAUCUAAACGGUUACGAGCAGGGCCAACUUUUGAACAAAGUAGAGAACAUUAAAUCUAAUAGCUACUACCUUAUUCACGGAACUCUCGACGACAAUGUGCACUAUCAGCAGUCACUUCUGCUUGCCAAAGUCCUCGAGCAGAAGGAUAUACUCUUCAGACAGCAGACGUACACCGACGAGGACCAUGGCAUCGCUCAAUCACGGUCGCACCUCUACCACUCAAUGGAGAAUUUUCUCGACGACUGCCUGAUAAAAUUAUGAUCGCGAGAAAUUUUUCAACGAUAAAAAUUCAACAGAAAAAGUACAUUCAACCUUCGACUUGUCUGUAAAUAAAUGAGAAUAACGACGAUCCUGUACAAAAGUUUAUGUACAAUAUUGUAAUAUGAGUGUUCAUGUAAAUAUCAAUCCAGAGUGUAGGGAAUACGAUGAUUAUUGUCAAGAUUUUUAAUUAAAAAUAGAACGUUUUUUCAAGAGUGAUUUAUGGAGUUUUACGGAAUGAUAUGGAGAACAACUUUUUUAAUGAACUAAAAUUAUUACAGAGAAUACGAAUCAAAUUUGUUAUCAAUACAAAAGAGCUUAAUGAUGUUGAUGGGUCCUGUGACCUCAUUUUAUCUUGUCAAAUUGUCGUGGGUUAUUCGAGAAAAAUGGAUUUAUGUACUUACAGACGACUUUGGAAUAAGCACGCUCAUGCACUCGUUUUAUUCAGUUCAGUGGAGAUACUUUUAUUCUUGAUUUAAUGUGCAUUUCACUAAUUAUGGAGUUAUUUCGAUAUGUUUUAGGAUUAAGAUUACAGAAAUUCGUAUUGAUUAUUUUUUUUCUUUUGUGAUUAGAGUUAAAUGGAACAAGAAAAUGAAUAGAAAUUUGGGGGAAUUCAACAUUCUGAAUGAUUGAUAAUCCGCAGAUUUUUAAAAUUGAGGACAAAACGUCAUUUCCUUGUUGUAUUUAACGAGUGAUGUUUCAACUCUUUAAGAUAGCAUAUCUAUCACCUUAAGAUUGUUAAGAUUUACAAGUUCAAGGUACUAAUAAUGUUCUUUAUAAUAAUGAACACGAUAGUGUAAAUACCCCAGGACUAUCAUAGUUUUUAUCGUAAAUAAUGAAGAGAGUUUUUAAUCACAAGGACCACCAGCAAAAAUCAAUUUUCUUUUUCAAAUGAAAAAAAAACUGAGUAAGAGUGGAUUAUGAUAAAUUUAAUAUGUCAAAUUUGAAUAAUGAAGGAUAAUGGUUGAUGUUUUAUCUCUGACAUUCGUGUACAUAAAACGGAAUUUUUCAAAAUCUCAAACAAUUUAGACAGGGGCAAAACAUUGUUGAUGAAGAGAGGGGAAGGUGGACAGAGACGAGAACAAUUAUAGAAUCCGGCAAAGCUUGUACACCCAUUAUUCAUUAUUUGUUGAGUGUAAAGAAAAUAUAAAGCUCUAUGUUUUAUUAAAAACCACGUUUUUAUUC